UGACACACGAGCGACCGAGUCGCGCGACUGAGACGCGCGACUCGGUCGCCGGGAAAUCGCUUGCCAUAAGAUAGCAUGGGCGUGGGUGAGAACCUGGCACACGGGCGACUGAGCGCGUCUCCAUCGCGCGUCUGUCGCCAGCAGACGCGAAUCCCCGCGACAGAUCGCGGCGACCAGUCGUGCGGGAGCCUUGCACACGGGCGACUUUUAGCCGCGCGUCCGAGCGACUGUCGGUCAGUAUCUGGUUGUAUGUGCUGGCGAGGAAGAUGGCGUUCGAUUGUGACCGUUUUAUAAUCGAAAUAGAAUCAAGGCCAGCUAUUUGGGAUUCCAGAUGUGAUGAGUAUGCUAACAAAUGCAAAAAGGGAAAGGCAUGGGAAGAGGUGUGCGAUAUGUUCGUUGAGAACUUCAAAGCCAUGGAUAGCGUCCAUAAAAAUAAAGCAGCUGCAGAUCUGCAACGGAAAUGGAAGAAUCUACGUGACUGUUUCAGAAGAGAACUGGCUAAACAGAGGAAUUGUAAAUCAGGUUCUGCAGCAGAUGGCAGGAAACAAUAUAUAUAUUUCCAGCAGUUAACUUUCCUAUUGCCAGUAUGCGACACCAAACCUACAACAGAAGAAUCUCCAGACUUGCACACGCAAGCCACACCCGCAGCAGCUACAUCUACGGCACCUACUUCUCUUAAAAGAAAAAAACCGUCACCAGAAACAGAAGAACUUGAGCUACUUCAGUCGCUUAGAAGAAAUAUGGAAAAACGACAUGCAGGUAGAGAAGAAGAAGACAGUGACAGGCAUUUCUUGUUGAGUCUUUUGCCGUACUUCAAACGUCUGCCAGACGAUAUGAAACUUGAAGUUCAAAGCGACUUUUUAAACACCUUAAGAAGGUACAAUCAGGUGUCAAUUUCUGGUCAUCGAUGUCCUUCUCAGACUUCUGUCUACCCUCAUUCUUCUCCAUCAGUGAUCACAGGCCCAUCAUUUGUUUCGCUUCCAUACCCUAGUAGUAAUACAAGUACCUCUGGAGUACGCAACCAACAAUUUACACCCACCAUCAGUCAGUCUUACAACUACGGGUCUCAUUCAACUUCAGAAACAUCGCAGUUAAUGAGUCAACCCCAGCAGCCGCUGCAAUGCCACGCCUUAUCACCAAUGUCACCAGCAGCUUCCUCAUCAGUAUCUCUCCAGUCUGAUACGUCAAGUAUUUGUGAAGACUAUUUUAACUGAUACCUAAUAAAUUAUAAGACAUGUGACCUUCAUGGAAAGAGCAGUUUCAGUGAAUAACAAAUAAAUAUGUUAUCUAACAAUUUUCUUCUAAAUUUAUGAAAGAAUUUAUUUUCGUGUGCAAAACGAUAAACAUUUAUGUGUUGGAUCUUUGAGACAAUAUCGUGUCACGUAAUAAUAAAUGUUACUUAUUUGGGGUAUGUUCAGAAAA